UCCGCGUUUUCCUCAUCAUUACUAACCACAAUGUUUUGGUUUGUAUGAUGGACGAUGGAAUACACAACAAGAUGCAAAUUUUAAUUUUUGUAUCUUUUAAUUAAAACCACUCCUUUUUAUUUAAAGUAUGUUAUGUAAUGGAUUUUUGUUAACUCGUUUCUAAAAAUUCCGAAAAUGCAUAUUAAUGAGAAAAGAAUGGCAUAAAUUCAAACAUACAUACAUCAUAAGUAAAACUUAAGGUAUUAUAAUGUUUUUGAUACAAGUUCAAAACAUCAUCCAACAUUGUUAUAGUUGAUUAUUACACUCAUAUAAAUAUAAAUUUACAAUUUCAUGCAAACUUAUAUUCUUAUAUAUUUUUGAUUCCAAUAGAAUGUUAUAUUUUAAGUUUUAGAUUUCUUCAUACGAGCUAUUCAUUUAGAAAAACCUAAAUGCAAAUGAAUUUAUUAAAUAGAAUUGAAAAUCGUUUUCUUUAAUGGCAACAGUGAUAGUAAUACAAGAAAUAAAUGUUGGAUUGAAAGUAAUUUCUUUGCAAAAAUCAGUUGAAUCUUUUAUAUGUAACUGUUGGAAUGGCCAAUUUACACAACAACAACAACAUUAAUAGUUGGCAUGGUAAUCCAUCACCAUCAUCAUCAUCAACAUCAAGCCAAGAACUAUGUGUUCGAGCACCUCUAUUAAGAGUGGGAGCAGGUUUAUCAAAUUUGGGCAACACUUGUUUUUUGAAUUCUGUGUUGCAAUGUUUAACUUACACUCCUCCAUUGGCUGCUUAUUUGGAAACUGGGCAACACACUACUAUUUGCCAAGAGGGAGGAUUUUGUGCAAUGUGUGCAUUGCAAGAGCACAUUAGACAAGCAUUGGCAUCACCAGGAGGUGUAAUAUCACCAACAUACAUUGUGAAGAACUUGAGAUGUAUCUCAAAGAGCUUUCGGCCAUGGAGGCAAGAAGACGCCCAUGAGUACAUGCGCUACUUAAUUGAGUCAUUAGACAACUCAUGCACAAGUGCAGGAAGAGGAGAAAGAGGAGUAAGAGGAGCAGGAGCACAAAGCUCAUCAUCGUCAUCAUCCUCUUCGCCGCAACACCCCAGCCUCAUCCAGCAAAUGUUCGGCGGCCAAUUACGGAGCCAAGUGAAGUGCACGGUGUGUUCAACAUGCUCCAACACAUAUGAUCCGCUGCUGGACCUGAGCCUGGAGAUUGUGAGGGCAGACUCCCUCACCAAGGCCUUGAAUCGAUUCACGGCGGUGGAGGCGCUGGAAGGGGACAAUCAGUACCACUGCGCAACUUGCAAGCAGAAAGUGUGCGCUCUCAAGCAAUUCACCAUCGACAAGUCCCCCAUCGUCCUCACUAUCCAGUUCAAGCGCUUCAGCGCCUCUGGGAGCAGCUCCGGUGGGAAGAUCGAUAAGAAGAUCGACUUCGGGCGCACGUUGGCCAUGCGACCUUAUAUUAGCAAUCCUGAGGACUCCGACGCCAAUUACUCACUGUAUGCGGUGCUCGUCCAUGCGGGCUGGUCCACUCAUUCUGGCCACUACUACUGUUUUGUGCGGACUUCCGGAGGCUUGUGGCACAACCUCGAUGAUAGUCGGGUGAGACAAGUCAGCGAGAAAACCGUUCUAGAGCAGAAGGCCUACAUUCUCUUCUACAUCCGGGAUCCUCCGGAGUCGGCGGCGUUGUCAGCAGAUCCUCCCUCCUCCUCGUCACCGACUACGCGGAGCUGGCUCUCCGACGGCGCUAACGGCGACCCCGACCGCAUUGUCGGUGGCGUCGAGGAAUUCCCCAGCAGCAGCAGUUGCACUAGGCCCAGUGACUGCGGCGUCUAUCGCAACAACAACAACAACAACAACAACAGUCACGCCUACUUGGAUGGAUCUCGUCGAGAUGUCGGAUGCUCCUCCGCCGGGAGGCUCUCGCUGCUGCGCCCUGCAAGCAAGCCAGCUCCGGGGUGGCGGAUCUGAUCCAGUGGGGAAAAAAUAUACUUCCCCACCACCUCCACCAUCAUCAUCAAAAACAACAACAACAGAAAUUCACAAGUGUAGAAACCCAGAGUGUGUGUACCAAGAAAGCCCAUACAACCGUGAAGAAUAUCCUGCUCAUGUGGGUCACCGAGAUGAAGACUUGUCGACAUGCAAAGCAGCGUAAGUCAGAGUUCCAGCAUGUAGCGCAUCACAGUGUUUGGAUUCUCAUGCACUUCUUCUUUUACAAUUGGCGAAGGCGGUGGCGAUGCUGAUAAUCCAGGCCUGUUGCUGUGCAUUGUGAGCUGCUUUGUUUAGGAGUACUCGGCACAUCCGGCACUGUGCGGAUUGAAACAAUGGGGGCCAAUGGUCUUGUAAUGGUGAUAGUUUUUGCAAUAUGUUUUUUCUAUCAAUUGUUUCUUUGCCCCAAUAAGUCGUUGUUGAAAGGUCGAUUGGUGUUAUCCGAAGAAUGAAGUGGUGUUUGUAUGUAAACAAACAUUUGCUUGUGUUUGGAUUUCUACUUUUCAUUUCUGGCGAUUCAGUGUUUCAAUUGUUGUUUCUGGAGGACAUGUAGAGGAUUGUAAAGAUCGAAGUUUAGUGAUGUAUGUGUAGGUGAAAAUAUAACACAUGAUUACCAUGAUUUUCAAAGGAUGGAUUACUUGAAAUAAAUAUUGGGCUACAGUUCUUA